CGCCGCUGGCCUUCCCUCAUCCCCCACCCAAAAACAAAAAAAUAAAUAAUAAACGAUCCGAGAUAUGAGCAUCCAAAAUCUCCUCAGAUUCUUGAAGCCCUUCAUCGAGCCCGUCCACAUUAAAAAAUAUUCCGGCAAACGUGUCGGGAUAGAUGCUUAUUCAUGGCUUCACAAAGGAGCUUAUUCAUGCAGCAUGGAGCUCUGCCUCAACUCACGGACCGUUGCUGCAAAGCGCCAUUUAAAGUAUUUUAUGCACCACAUCAAUCUGCUUCGGCAUUAUAGUGUCAUACCGGUGGUUGUAUUUGAUGGCUGCAGCAUCCCCUGCAAGUCUGCGACGGAGCAUGAGCGCCACAGUUCAGGAGAAGGGAAAGCAACCUUAUGCUGGCAAAGGAGAAGCUCAAGGAAGGGAAUGUCAGUGCUGCUGUCGAAUUCUUCCAAGUAACGUAACCCUCCCUCCCCAAAUGCAUGCAUGCGGGAAAAAGCCCUAUUCCCAUUCAAUUUUGAAAUUCAAAUUUAAGCUGAAAGCAGGAAAAGGUUUCCUUUUCUUGAUCAAAGCAGAAAACAUGGAACACCUAUAUUCCUGAAAAAAGCACUGCAUGAAUUCUGAACUGCAGUUAAGGAUUAAACAUUGUAAUAUCCAUUGCACUUUGAAAGGAAAUCCAUUCUGAUCAAUAGUUGAAUCUUUUAAUCGGACGCAUAAGACAAAGCAAGGCAUGGAAGGAUAUAUGGAUAAGAGAAGUGAAGCUGUCAUGACAAAGUCUUCAGCUGAAUACUCCAAAAAAUAUGGUGAUACCUCCACCUCAGAUGCUCCACCACGUGAUUAUGACUUGUGGUUUGAGGCAAUUGGUGUCCCAACUCAUGGUAAUGUCUAUUGCUUUAGUCCUCUGGAGGAUCUCACUGAAAUUAUUGGGCAAUCAUCAUCCUCUUCCACCUCUACAAGAUAAGUUCGAGAGCUAUACACGCGUGAAGACCUUCUAGGUAUUCUUGAGCACGAAAAAAAAAUGGUAAGAGAAGGUUCUUCAAAAGAUGAGAGAAGAGAUUGACUUUGGGCCAAGGCAUGCAGAUCAGAGGAGUAAUGGUGAUUCUGGUUCUGCUGAUCAUACUUCAUCAUGAUUGCUUUUGCUUUAGAUGAUAGGUCUUUGCAUUCCUAGGAGGAAUGAAAUCUCUGUUGAUCUCUAUGACAUACUUUUGGAUUUUGAUUUUGAUGGAUUUAGGACAUGUUGAUGCCUAUUUUGAA